AUCUACUAUACCGCUGGGCUGAAGCGCGCCAUCUUCACCGUUGAUAUAAUACACCAUGAAUGAUUGUCAAGGGAUUGCGGAGGACCUGAUUGCCGCUACCGAAAUAAUUGUUUUGAUGUGUCACUUCUAUGCAGUGACGGUGUUUGGUUAAAGGGAUACGGUGGUAAGUCUACCGGUGAUGAUCAACCUGACAGCCAAACCAAGAGAUGCGUGUUUUUCUUGUGUCGGGAAACGCGAAAUGAAACAACCGGGAGCGAAAGGAGGAAAGGCUCAUGUGUAUUUAGGGAAUAUAACACCAGAAUGACUUUAUAUUUCCCUUUCGGAUUUAAGUCAUUGCAAUCAGAAUUUCCAUUACGGAAUGCAACAGAAUCGGUGACCAAGGAUACUGGACGACUUGCUGUCUGCCAUCUGCUGCUCUAAGAAGCAAUAUGCUAUCAGAAUCCAUCCAACGUCUUUAUACUCCUAUGGAAACAGCAACUCUGGCAGAAUGUGAAGAGGGGGAAAAGGCAUUAUAUCUAGAGGAUUGGAUUUAGUGAGCAUCUCUUGCUUGCUGCUGUCUGCCUUUCCUUUGCAGGCUCGCAGUAACAAUAUUUGAGUUUCUCCAAUGACUCUCUAUCUGUUGUUUAUAUUGAAUUUUAGUGGUAUUUAUUUGUCUGAAACCACGUGGUUGCUAUUUGUUUUGCAUCUCUUCUGAAGAGAGAGAAGCAGAUGAAAGGAUACAUGGUUACAUGCAAAAUGCCAACAUUUACAUCUUAAUAAAUGAUUUAAUACACAGAUGUUGAUGGAUGAGCAGUCAUACUGGAGCUAAUAACAGCAUCGCAUCAUCUCAUUCACCUCCAUCAAUCAAAUGUUAUUGAUUAUUUAUACAACACUUUAACGGCAACCGGGACCUCAACCCCACCAAGGAGCAUCCGAGGUGACGUCAGUGGAGGAACUCUGGGGAUAUGGAAGCGCCAUUCAUUCUCCUUCGGGAAAAUGGAAGUUUAAUACAAAGGUUUAUCAUACAAAAUAAAGGUGUUUUCGGCAUUCGACUAAAGUCUUCACACAAAACACCAAGCUCAGGUGAAUGACCUCCGUCUCGACUGUGUGCGUGUGGAAUGCUGGACAUCAGAAUGAAGGAGGCGUGUCGUAUCUGCGCGAGGGAGCUCUGCGGUAACCAACGGCGAUGGAUCUUCCACCCCGCCUCCAAACUCAACCUGCAGGUGCUCCUGUCCCACGCCCUGGGGCGAGAGCUGACCCGCGACGGCCGCGGGGAGUUCGCCUGCUCCAAGUGUGCCUUCAUACUGGAGCGCAUGUAUAGGUUUGACACGGUGAUUGCCCGGGUGGAGGCCCUGUCCAUUGAACGGCUGCAGAGGCUGCUCCAGGAGAAACACUGGCUACGGGGUCUCAUCGGAAGCCUCUACCGGAAGACCAACAGGGAGGAUGGAGGCAGUUGUGCAGGGGCUGUUACUGGACCUGGGGAUACGGGAGGAGGGGGAGGAAGGGUACAGGGGGAUGGUAUGGUGGACAUGUCCGGUCUGACCCAUGCUAAGUACUGUGCUCUGCUCCAGGAGGACUUGGUGUACUCUCUGUAUGAGUCCUGGGCUGAGGAGGGGUUAGAGUUCGGGGGUCAUAAUCAUCAUCAUCAUGGGCAUCCCCAACCAUGCGCAGGGCCUGCGCCAGAGGUGACGGCUGUGGGGUCACAGCGCUGUGGGACUGUCACGCGUUCACCCAGGAAGUGCCGAGGGUGCACGGCGUGGCGAGUGGCGGACUCAGACUACGAGGCUGUGUGUAAAGUACCCAGGAAGUUGGCACGGAGUAUUUCCUGUGACCCAUCGACGAGGUAUUCGGUCAGCGUGAUUGGAGGAGGACGUGCAAGUGGAGGAGGAAGAGGAGGGGAGAAAGAUCCAGAGGGGACCCCCUCCUCGCUCACGCUGAUCCCUGGGUCCAACCCUACGCCCCGGGCUUCGGACAGCGACCCUACCCUGGUGGGCCGAGCCAGCUCCAGCCCCUCUAUAGACUCCCUGGACAUAACCGGAGAAUCUACCCAGCUGUCUGCAAUCCAAGAUGGGCCCGAGGGGCUAGAGUAUCCCCAAGACCCCCUGGAUGAUCGGUUCUCCGACUCCCUCUCCGAGGAGCACCACCUGGUGACUCCACUGAGGUCGGCCUCCCGGCUCUCACUGGCCCUCUGCCUGGUCCAGAACUGUGUGUACCGGCCAGUCCAGAGCCCCAAGGGAAGCAGACUGCCUGUACUCAACAGACAGGGCCCCAGCAGCGGAGGCUCCAGACUGAGCUUCCAUGAGCCGGCCUUGGGGUUGCUGUAUGGAGGUCUGAAUGGAGAGGGGGAGAUUCAUGUCCAUGUGCCUGACCUGGAGGCCCCUCUGAUCAGGCUGGAUGGAGGGAUAGAUGGGGGUCUAGACCUGGCUGAGAUAGAGGAGCUGUGGGAGGAUCUGUAUCAUGAGUGUCCUCCCCCACGCCCCCACCAGACUCUGAUCGAGGAGCAGCAGAGCCAGUUGAACCAGUAUGAGUGUGCAGCAGGUCAGUGUGUCAGUGAGCUGCAGAAGGCCCAGCAGCAGGUCCAGUCCCUGAAGGCCAAGAGCCAGGAGAGCGAAGCCAACAACGCGAAGUUGCAGGAGAAGCUCAUUGAGAUGGAGUGUGAACUGCGUUCCAUCCGCCAGGGAGCUCAGAGCCAGGAGCGCACCAUCCAAUGCCUGACCGUUUCUGUCAGUACCAAGGACAGCGAGGCCGUGGAGCUGUACCAGCUAAUAGAGGGGCAGAACGCAACACUGUGUAAGCUGAGAGAGAUGGCCCACUGCAACCAGAUCACACGCACUGAGGAUCCAGAGGGGGGCAGUGAGGGUGCGAGUUUAGCCCAGUUUCAGGGUGAGUUGGUGGGGUUACAGAGCUCUCUGUUCACCCUGGGUCUGGAGCUGGAAGCCAGUCAGAGAGCCCAGAGACAGAGCCAGAGACAGGCUGAGGACCUGAGCAGAGCUAAAGACAGACUUCACUCUGACCUAAAGGAGGCACUGCAGCACAGGGAGGUCACCGACAAACACAACCAGGACUUGCGCAGUGCCCUGGCUCAGUCUGGCUUUGAGCUGCGGACUAAAGAGGCUCAGCUGGAGGAGAGUAAGGCGGAGAGACGCACAGACGUUCAAGAGAGAGACAAGAACAUCACCCAGCUCAAACACUCCCUUCAGGACAAGGAGAGGCAGCUACAGGAGUACUCUGAACUCCUGGAAUCAGCAGACAGCUCCAAACCCAGAGAUGCUCUGCUGGACAAACUGAGAGAACGCAUCAGAGACAGGGACAGAGCAUUGGAGCGGUCUAUAGAUGAGAAGUUCAGUGGUCUGGAAGAGAGGGAGGAGCAGGUGAGGAAACUACAGCUGGCCCUUCGAGAGAAGGAGCGAGACCUGGAGAGACUGCGCUGUAUACUGUCCAGCAACGAGGAGACCAUCACGAGUCUGGAUGCGUUGGUGCGGGGUAAGGAGCUGGACGUGGAGCAGACAGCAGAAGCCCUCAGGAACCUGCAGUGGCUCCAGCAGCAGAGUGAGGAGAGAGAGGAGUGCACUCUGAGAGAGAGAGACACGCUCAUCAGCCAGCUACAGACUGCCCUGCAGACACGCAGCCAGGAGACACAGGACCUCACGGCAGCCCUCCUGGCUAAGGUCCAGGCAGGCCCCAGUGGGGUGGUGGAGGAGCUGAAGGCUCGCCUCGCGCUGAAGGAGAAACUGUUUCAGGAACUGCUGUCAGACCGCAGCCGCCAGAGCCACGAACACCAAGCACAGGUCCAGGAUCUGCUCAGCACCAUCAGCACUAAGGACCAGUACAUACAGGACUACUCUGAUAGGCUCUCUCAAGUGAUUGGCGAGCGGACGGGCCAGCUUCAGGAGCUGCGUAGGCAGCUGUCGUCACAGGAAAGGGAGAUGGGUGAGCUCCGGAAGGAGAGAAUGGGAGAGGCAGAGCGACUGCAGAACCUGCUGAAGGAGAAAGAGGCUUUUAUCCAGAGUCUGAUGCAGAGCCAGGAGGAGAGCAUGGAGCUCUCCACACCAGAGGGGGCAGAAGAGGUACAGGACAUUCGGGAGGAGCUGCAGCUGGUCAGGAAGAAGGAGAAGGAUGCUCAGCUGGAGAUUUCAGCCCUGCGUUCAGCUCUAGCUCAGGCCCAGGAGCAGGCCCAGAAGCAGGGGGAUAGGUUUAAGAUCCUGGCCCCAGGAGUAAUAGCCAGGGAGCCCUCCAACACUGACCACCAGAGUGUGUUGGAGCAGUUGGCCAGUGAGUACCACAGGCUGAACGAUGCUCUGAGGGCAGAGAAGAGGCUGUACCAGAGUCUGAGCCACAUCCAGGCCAGAGGAAACAGCAGCUCAGAGAAGACCCGGGCCCUGCACACCGAACUGGACUCUAUUCAGGCACUCCGAGGGCAGCUGGAGGAGGUCCUAGCCAGGACCCGGAAGACCGCCCUGGCACUGGAGAGGACAGCUAAGAGGCAGUCUGACUUUGGAGAACUCAGCACGGAGGAAGAGGAGGAGGGAGACGAUGAACAGGGCAGCACUGAUGAGUUCUCAGACAGUAUCGAAGACGAUGAGGAUAAACUGACUGCCAAAAGCCUGGCCUCCACUAAGAACUCUGGAAUGGCCUGUGGGCAGGGGGUGCUGUCUGGAGGACCUGUGAGUGGAGCACUGUCCCAGGGGGCCAUGAGGCAGGUGAAGCAGCUGGCUGAACAGAAGAGAGUAAUAGAAGAAGAACUGGAGGAGAUGAGAACCCAGCUGGAGACCACCGGCUACUCCUCCCUAGCCCAGAUGAGGAGUACACUGCUGAGGCUGCAACAAGAGAACGAGGCCCUAAAAGAGAACCAAGGGGAGGUAGAAGGUCUAGGAGAGCUGGAAGAUCCAACAGACACAUGUCAAGGAUGGGAACAGGAAGAGGAAGAGGAGGAGGAGGAAGAGGUACUACCAGCAGUGGGACCCACCCAGAGCAAGCGUGGGCCCCCAGCAGUAAGGAUGAGAGAGGGAAGGGGGAAGAGACAGUGUACCAGACCUCACUCCUUAGACCUGGGUAAUCUCCUGUCCCACCGUCAGCCAGACCACACAAAGAAGGAGGCGGGGUCUGAUCAUGUCACUGAUGUGGGCGGGUUCUGGCAGCAUGUGGAGACGGGUCUCCGUGAUCAUGUGGUUCGUCUGCGUUCUGAUUUGUCGCUGAGCAGACAGGAGAGCAGAGAGCUGCAGGAGAGACUCAUGGUGUCUGAGGCCACGGUCCACGCGCAGGCUGAACAACUCAAGGACUACAGGGAACUACUGACGGAGACGUCAGUAGAGCAGGACAGCAAGCAGGUCCAGGUGGACCUACAGGACCUGGGCUAUGAGACGUGUGGCCGUAGUGAGAACGAGGCAGAGAGAGAGGACGCCAGCAGCCCGGAGUUUGAUGAUCUGGAGAUGUGUACCUCACUGAGCCACCAGCAGGACUAUGAGCGUGCCGGGGUUUGGUUCCAUGGUGAUGGGGGGGUGGGCGGGGCUUAUGACGAGGGGGAGGAGUCAGUGACAGGCUCUCUACAGCAAUUGGUCCAGGACCUGCGUUCUAAGCUGGCCCGCUGUCACAAGGUGAUUCGUGGGUUGCAGCUACGUGUGCGUUCACUAUCCACCACCAGCGACUACGCAUCCAGUCUGGAACGCCCCCCGCGCAAGGUGAACUGGGCAUUCGAGGCCUCCCCAGCCCUCAGCGGUGUGGAGGAGGAUGAGGGCUGGAUGUCCGACAGCCUGGGGCCUCGCAUGGAACCCAAGCCCAGCCGGGAGCUGCGAGAGCUGAUGUCCCGAGUGGCCUCACUGGAGGCGCAACUCAAGAGCUCCAGGCUGGAGGGGAAAGGAAGGGCGGUGGAGGAGGGGAAGUGUGCUACCUGGCCCGGGAAGUACAACACUCUGAUCCAGGCACAGGCCAGGGAGUUGUCCCACCUGCGUCAGAAGAUGAGGGAGGGCCGCGGAGUGUGUCACAUCCUCACACAGCACCUGGGAGACACCACCAAGGCGUUUGAGGAGCUGCUGCGUGCCAACGACAUCGACUACUACAUGGGGCAGAGCUUCAGAGAGCAGUUGGCACAGAGCACUGCCCUGGCACAACGUGUGGGCACCAAGAUCAGUGGGCGUGACCGUGCUGAGCUCCAUGAUGAUAAGAUGGGCCAUGAGCUGCUUGCUUUACGGCUGAGUAAGGAGCUCCAGCAGAAAGAUAAGAUCAUCGAGUCCCUCCACACCAAGCUACAGCAGCGUUCCGACACCCCCUGCAGCAGCCACGCCCACUCAGAGACCACCGACCAAUCAGACAGGACCUCCUUUGUGUCAGACGAGUGCCGGACCAAUGAGGACCUGGAGCUAUGCUCAGAUGUGGACGAAGCCAGCGAAUACGCUCAGGGAGAGCAGGAACAGGGGGCGAGACAUGGCCCAGGAAACACAGACCUCCACCACUCCCUCCCUCCACCCUGCCUUAAGUCCUCCAGCAGCUGUCCUAACAUGCUGUACUCCACCCCUGAGUUGGCCAGUCAGACUGGUCCUGUGUCCUGCUCCCUACCCGCCUCCCAGUCCCUCCCUGGCCUGUACCCUAACCAUGACCCCUGGGGUCAGCAUAUGACCUUUAACCCCCGGUCCAGGACCUUGUCUAUGGAAGCGAUGCAACAGGAGCUGGAUACCCUGCACAGACAGAUGGCUAUGAAUGAGAGCUUUGUGGUUCCGCGCGCCAACGCUCUGUCCAACCUCGCACCAGCCGCACACCACCAGCCAGACCACUCCCCUUACGGCCAGAUUACCCAUCAUGCCUUUUACCCACACCAGCUAGGCAGCCGACCCCCAGGCCAAGCCCUGAAGGCCAACACAGACCUGGUGGAGAAGGGUGCAUUGUGGGAUAUGAAGAACAUGGUUCAGCCAGCCAGGGUUGGGUCAUCAGGAAACAAUUCAAGAAACAGCUUCACUGGUGUGGACCUGAUCGAAGAGCACCUGAGAGAGGUGCGGUGUCUGCGUCAGCGUCUGGAGGAGACCAUCAGGACCAACGAGAAGCUCAGGCAGCAGCUGGAGGAACGCCUGGCCACCACCGGCCGCGACGGAGGAGCCCCCACUAACAUCUACAUCCAGGGGGUGGACUCUGUCAGCCAGCUGUCCAAUGAGAUCAGAGUCCUGAAAGAGGAGAACCUGGCUCUCCAGGCACACCUGCAGGCCAGUUCAGAUAAGUGUGAGGAGGCGGAGCAGCUGCGUGAGGUGGUGGUGACGGGGCGUGCCCGCCUGAAGCAGGCGGAGCUAGAGGCGGAGCAGUGGAAGGAGGAGCUCCGACGGCUGCAGACACACAGCCAGGAGCAGGGACAGCAGAUUCACACACUCAGACAGGAGAGGCAGAACAGCCAUGACAAGAACAAUAGACUCCAGCAGCAGUUGUGUGAGAGCAGGGAGCUGCUCCACUCUCUGCAGAGUGAGCUGCAGGUCUACCACAGAGUGUGUGUCAACGCCAAGGGCAACCCAGGGUACCUGUGUGAGGACCAGUACGGUGGGAUCCCUGCCGUGCCGGUGGAGCUGGGAGAGCUGCUAGGGGAGGUGAGGAGCCUCAGAGCCCAGCUCCAGUCCAGUGUCCAGGAGAACAGUGUCCUGAAACAGCUGGAGCUCCACAAACACCUGGAGCAGAAGCUGGGAGGUGGGGUCCACGGAGGGGUGGGGGUCAUUGGGGGGAUGGAGCCCCCUCGUACCCCGUCUCUCAGUGCCCUUACAGCCAGCCCCCAGAGGGACAGCCUCUACAGACGGCAGCUACUGCAUGACCCAGCUCCGUCUCCCCCAGUCAGAGACAUUGGGCUGUUUAACUGUGGAUCUCCAUACCGCGUUCUCUACACAGACCUGGAGGAGACCCCGCUCACUGCCAAUGAUCUGGACCCCCACUCAGAGCUGGAGGGUGACGCCCCGGACGGCUCGUUCGCUAACCGGAACGGGCGCCAUGCCAUCGGGCACGUGGACGACUACAGCGCUCUGCAGCAGCAGGUCCUGGAGGGGAGGAGUCUGGUCCAGCGAAUGGAAACAGCCCUGCAGGCCUGCCUCAGCCAAUCAAUGCUGGAGGGCAACCACGAUCAGGUCCUCCUGGACUAUGGACGCGUGAGGAGUCUGCUGUCGAACACCAAGACCCUGAGACAGAUCCUAGAGGAGGUUGUGUCCCUGAUCAAGAUGUUUUGGAGGGCUGCCCUGCCCAGCACAGACUGUUACACCCAUAACCUUAAGAAGGAGAAGUGUAUGCAAGAGGAGAUUCUGUCGCUGAGGGGGCGUAUCUCAGAGCAGGGGGAGGUGCUUCAGGGAACCAUCCAGAGACUGAGGAGCACCAGCCGCACCAAGGAAGGCAUGGAGCACUUCAUCGUCAACCAGUUAUCAAGGACUCGUGAUGUGCUGAAAAAAGCCAGGACUAACUUGGAGAAGAACGAUCGGAGGAUCUCCUCUCUAAGCUCCUCCUCUUCCACUCCUUAUGCUGCUGAAGACCGAAGUCACGCCAAUGAACGGCCUACUGAUUGGAGUUUCUUGAAGCCUGGUGACGCCCCGGCAAUGUCCAAUCGGCAUCCGGGAACCAGGAAGCGUGGCAGCCAGUGCCUGCUCCAGGUGCUGACCUGUUAAAGAACCAGCCAGCCCAACACCACGACCUCUGACCUCACCACCAGAACAGCCAUGACCCCACAACCCCGCCUCUGCCUCACCCAUCACCCCAUCCACCUCUCAGCCUAGUCUAUAGCAUCAAAUGUCAACCCUCAGAGCACUCCAUCCAUUCUUUCUUUCUCCACCAUUUCUCUCCUGCCGGCAAUUCUUGCCCAAGACUCUUGCACCUCGAGCCUUACCUGAAUUCGUCCUCCUUUAGUUUUCAUUCCUCUACCCUCGUUCGACUGUUCUUCAUUCAUCUUUUCUCCCACCUCCACCCACCCCUGUUCUUCUGUUGGUGUCUUCUAGCUCCAGAGACUGUUGGUUCAGUCUGAUGUUUGCCUUGUGAGUGUGAAGAAGAAGGUGGUUUGAAAUGUGCCUCUGAUGGUAACAGUAAUGUGUGUCCUUGACUGCUGUAGAAGAAGUAGGAUUAAGCUGCCCCUAGACACUGAUCUAUGGUCAGAUUUGCUUUUCCCCUAAUGGUUAAGGUAAUGAGGGGGAUAAGCUGGUCCUAGACACUGAUCUAAGGUCAGAUAUGCUUUUUCCCUAAUGGUUAAGGUAAUGAGGGGGAUAAGCUGGUCCUAGACACUGAUCUAAGGUCAGAUAUGCUUUUCCCCUAAUGGUUAAGGUAAUGAGGGGGAUAAGCUGGUCCUAGACACUGAUCUAAGGUCAGAUAUGCUUUUUCCCUAAUGGUUAAGGUAAUGCUGGUCCUAGAUCUGUGGCUGAGGGAAGCUUCUACCCAGAGCAUAGAUAGUGUGCUCCUCUGCCUGGUAGCUUUUGGAUGGGAUAAGUGUCAAUGCAUGUGAACUCAAGGCUUGAGAAAGGAAAUGUAUACAAACGUAUACACACAAAGUACAGUACACACACAUACAUUCACAGACAUACAUGAUCAAUCCAUUUCUUCUCAAACAAAUCUUCAACUUCAAUUGCCACUAAAAAUGCAAGCUUUCUUCUUGUGGCAUUUCAUCAAUGAGGACUUUCUUUGCAAAUACAAUGCAAAAAAUACAAUGACAUCCACAAUCUAGCAAAUCUGCUGGAAUCACAGUGGAGGAAUGUAUAGGUGUGGCACUUCUAGGUAAUUGUGUGCUAUAUUUAUCUGUGGAGGAUGAUACCUCUGAAUGGUCUGUCUGCCAUUAGCCAAGGCUUCUGGAUAGCAGAACAAAGGCCCCGUUCCAUUUCAAUCACUAACCCCUUCCCCAUCGGUGUUCACAGAUCUGAAUGGGCCAGAUAGGUGACAGCAAUAUGGUUGUGGCUCCACCUAGCCCUCCGAUGAUCUAACACAGAAUGGGUAAUGGCUAAAGAAGGCGCUAGGGGCUGAAACGGACCGAGGCCGAACACGCGUAUUCAAGCUCCUCUUUAGGAGUCCUCAGACGAGCAUGUGCAAUAAUGAAUGUUGUUAUUUAAAUGAUCAUGGCACGCCAGCUAUUUUUCUUUUUUGCCUGACACUGGAACUUAAGCAUUUAGCCACUCUUGAUAAGGUGAAAAAGAUCGUCAGUACAAUAUUAUACUACUUACUAUCCUGAAUACUACUGAGUGAAAUGAAAUGUAGUUUUGGUGCAGUGUCGAUGCAUCAGAGGUUUUAAAAAGGAACAGUCUCAACCUUUGUUCGUGGAACAGAGGAUCACCUUUACUUGCCAAAGUUUGAACUUUGAACUCUUCGCAUACUUGUUUGCCUUACCUAUGCAGCCUACUAUAAGCAUGAUGUGACUCUAUAGGAAGACAUCAGCCUAGUAUAUGAGACCAUCUAUGACAUUAUGAUGGAGAUAUCAUUUGAUUGGCUGCUCUUUGAGAGCCAUUUGAAGCGGAGACGGUAACCGUCAGAUGAUUGGUUCACUUUAGUUGGACAUGUGCUUUAUAAACGAGCACAUCUUGUCAUGAAUGGACCAAACCUUUCAAAAAGAGAAUAUUUCACACUUGGCUACUACUGCUUUGUGAAUGACAAAAAACUCAAUUGGGCUGCUGUGAGAGAUGUACCACAACACCAGAGAAUAUCAUUCAGGAUUGUUACAUUUCCAUUGGACUUCUUUGAGGUAUUUGUCUUGGUUUAGACCGCCAUUGCAUUCCCAUGGUGUUAUUGGCAACAUGUUCCUUAUUCUCCUACCUGUUCCAAACUUUGGCAGGCUACUGGCGGGACCAAUGUUCUAGAUUUCGCAAUCGGUGAAGCUGUCACCCCCCAAAGGUGUUUCUUCCUAUGCUGCUUUUGAUAGUUUUAAGUGUUCUUGCUGUACAUUUACAUCACAUUGUAAAUGGCUUGUUUUUCUCACUGUAUUCUGUUGACCUUUUUGUGUGUGGAUAAUCAUGUCAGACUUUAGCUCUAUACGCAAACGUUGAAUAUCUGGGUAGCUGUGCAAUAGCUCUGCACGAUCUGCUUGAUGUUAACAAUCAUUUUAUUAAGAAUAGUUAUGCGUCCUUGAGUGUUUUCUUUUCUGCUUUGUAUGGUUCAUUAGAUUUUGAUAAUGCCAGAUUGUAAUAAAAUAGUCACAGCUAUGAAAUCAUAAAUGUAUGCCUUUUCUUAGGAUAUGACGGAAACCAAACAGUGGUAAUACUUACACGCCCACCUAAUAUUAAGCUUUGGAUAGAUAAUGUUGCUUUGCUUGCCUUUAAAAAGUGCUCCUUACACUUACUUGGAGUUACUAGCGUUUGGUGUCUAUCCAAGUUAUAUAUCACAGUAGAUCUGCCAACAAGGUCUUGUUUGCACUCAACUCAAUGGAAAGUCCCUUGAGGUAAAUUGCCAAACACUCUAAGAUAAAACCCCAUGCUGUGUGUUUCAUUUGACAAAUUAGGAUUUGAUGAGAAGAUUGAGAACGAUUAAGGAAAAUGAAUAUUUUUCUACCAAAGCAGAAACACAAACCAUAGAUGUAUAGGAUUGUGUCAGAGUAGAACAGCACAUUAUCAGAGCACGUGAACAACGUGUUGUGUAGAAAGGAAUCCAACAGCAGUGUUAACUGUGUCUAGUACUUAUAGUAGUAGUACUUAUGUAAAUAAAGCUAUGUGAUAUCGAAGAGCAGCUUGGGUUGUCAGGUUGUGUGUGUGUGAUGAAGCUAACUAGGAUGCCGACAGAGCUGGACCAUGGGCUCUGUCUCUGAAGAUGGUCACUGUGUGUGUGUGUUGUCACAGUGUUAUCACAGAGGACUUUUUGUGUUAAAAAAAAUAAUAAUAAAAAGUUUA